AUGUCUCAGCAGUUGCUACUCGAUAUUUCGAGUGCCACAGCGAGAUCCAAAGGUCAGGCUCGACGUCGAAACCAGCCUACUGAGUCUGAAGAGGCCCGUAAAGCCCAGCGUAACCUCGCACGUCGUGAGCGGGCGAGAUGCAAGAAGACUGCGAGAACAGAGCAGCUUCUUCUAUCCUCAGCGCAACCCUCCCUCUACGCAGAUCGACCUCAGUACGGCGGCCCGGUAUCGAUCAACGACAAAGUGCCCCACAACUUGCCGGAAAUACAUUUGCAACCGCACCGCCCGGCAUUCACAGUUUUGCCAGCUCACGCAAACGAGUUCAACCUGCGAGCUCUAGCACAGUCUAGCCGAUACAUUGCUGCUCAGUCGAAGGCCCAAGAAGCAAAAGACGUUGUGCGAGACAAUUUACAACAAGUUGGGGGCGUCAGCGUUAUACAGGCACGUGAUGGAUCGCAAACUCGGAUCACUCCCGAGGAGCAGGACCGGGACGUCGCCGAAAUCCUCGUUGAAGUCGCUAGGGAGCAGCAUCCGGCAUCAACCGUGAUGGACACUGAGACUAACUCGGUCAACACUGGCGGUGAGCCGGAGGCGGAUGCUAGUAUUGAAUACUCACGAAAGUGUCCAGUCACAACUUGCGAAUUUCACCGUAAAGGUUUUCCGCGGAAAGCGGAAAGGGACAAGCACACAAUGACACAUUUUGAUGGCCCUUUCAAGUGUGGCAGCGAACUAUGCGGCAGGUCUUAUAUUUUCGAGAUUUUUGACAACGUCGAGGACCUCAGACAUCAUGUACGCGGCUCAACUCACCUUUCCUCUUUUCGUGAGCUCGAACGCUUCAAGUGCUAUGUGUGUACUCGCGUCUUCGACCGGUCGGGCUAUCAGGAACACCUGGAUGACUGCAUGGUUCAUAUGGUAGAACUCGAGGCUGCAGGAAUGGCUCGACCGUGUCCAGUGUCCGACUGCGAUCAUCAUCUCAUGGACUUUCCUUCGAAAUACCUCAGAGGCACCACCCUCUGCGGCAGCCCCGAUUCGCCAUUCGGUGUCCUGGGCGUCUACCACUCGAAGAGCUUGGCGGAGCGCGUCGGCGAGGAUUGGGCGGGUCGACAACUCGACAACUUCCUGGACGACUGCAAUCCUGCCCUCGAGACCGAAGAGGAGAGACAAGAGGCGCGGAGUCACUGGUGCGCAGGUGUGGAUCCACGUGAUGAUGGGGUUUGGCAGUACAGCAUCUGUGGUGAGCAGUGUGAUGAGUUGGUGGUGGAGGUGAGUGAGCGGAGGGUGGUGGGGCGUGUUGAGGGAUGUGAGGAUGGAGAGGAGGAUGAGGACGACGAUGACGAUGACGAUGAAGAGGGAGGGGAAGAGGAAGAGGAAGGACAGGAAAGUGAGGAAGAGAAAGAAGGAGGAGAUGGAGGAGGAUGA